GUGUGGCUGGGUGCAUGCCUACCUCCAGCCAAACCCACAUAUUAGCUGUUCACCAGUUUUCUCGGGAUGCAGAGCGUGCCCUAGAAAGAUUAAUAACCACCUCGUCUUUGAACGCGGUAGGAAAAGAAAGAAGCGGAAACACCCACCGCCAGUCCACCUCCCGUGCCCUUCUCUCUUCAGAAUACCUGGCCUAUGUUGGCCUCUCACAACACCAUGACUUCCAUAGCCGACCUCGAUAAUGGCUCCCGCGAAUCCAACAUUUUCCUCUUUGCUCCCCAUGUCGGCACCUUCACCAAGCAGUCAAUGGACAAGCUGGUCCGGCCACUCGCCGUCAGUGCCCACAGGGACUGGAUCCUAGACACCAUAGCUAGUCUGCCGACGUAUUGGGAUGCCCUGGCCGACAAGAUACCCAACAUAGGUGGCGCAAUCCCCGGCCGCCGCCAACUAGCCGACCUCGAUUCAUGGUUCCGGCACGGUGCCGGCGACGUGGUGGAGGACGAUGCCACCUUGCCCAGCAUAGUGGUUGGCCCGCUAGUGGUCCUCGUACAACUUACCCAGUACUGGCGCUACCUCGAGCUCACACGACCGAGCAACUUGGAUGACUCGGUGGACCUACAAGCAGACCUGGUCGCUCGCCAGAAGCAGCCUGGGGCCAAGGUCGAGACCCUGGGCUUCUGUGCCGGGCUACUAGCCGCUGUCGCCGUCGCUAGCGCCGGCGAUCAACAAGAGUUCCAAAAGUACGGCGCCGUAGCGGUGCGGCUGGCGAUGAUGGCCGGUGCGCUCAUCGAUGGCCAGGAGGCGCGGGACCAGGGGAACGGCAAGGGCGGCUCCGUGUCGUAUGCCAUAGCAUGGCGUGGCCAGAAGCCGGGAGAGGAGGCCACGCGCAUAGUCAAAGACCUGUCUCCCAACGCUUAUCUCGCCGUUCUCUACGACGAAGCCCGCGCCACAGUAACCGCCUCACAGCGCACGGCUCCCCAGCUCGUGAACCAACUCCGGGCUGCUAAUGUCACGGUGGCCGAGAUUGGCAUCAAGGGCCGCAUCCACAGCCCAGACUUGGAAAGGAAAAACAACACCGACCUACUCGUCGACCUGUGCAGGUCAUUCGUCGAUUUGCAGUAUGCUGACGCAGGUUCCCUCGCCCUUCCGACCUACAACAACGAGGCCGAGGGUAGGCCUGUAUCGCGAGACCGGGGUAAUAUGACCGAGAUGGUCCUACGUGCCAUCUUAGUGAACCAGUGCAACUGGUACGGAACGUUCCUGGGCGCCACGGAAAGCAGGAAGACUUUCGUUGUGACAUUCGGUCUGGAGCGCAGUGUGCCACCCACCCUCAUGCGAAGUCUCGGACCUCACCAAGUACACUUUGAAGACCUGGCGGACAACGGCGUCCCCGCUGUCCACCGCUUACCCUCACGCUCAAGGACAGUGCUCGAUAGUCAACCACAGUCAGAUGUCGCCGACCCAAGGCAAACCACACUCCUGGACAGCGACAAGAACGCCAUUGCCGUCGUCGGGAUGUCUAUCAAGACAGCAGGGGCCGAUGACCUGGAAGAGUUUGCCGACAUGCUCAAGACCGGCCGAUCCCACCACGAGCCCGUCACUCGGGAGCGGCUCAUGCACGACAUGCUCUUCCGCGCAGCAGCAGACAGCGACCCCAACCACAAGUACUACGGGUGCUUUAUCCGGGAUCCGGACGCGUUUGAUCACCGGUUCUUCAAGCGUAGCCCCCGCGAGUCCGCCGCCAUGGAUCCGCAGAGUCGUCUGGCCAUGCAGGCCGCUUACCAGGCCGUCGAGCAGGCGGGGUACUUCACCGAGACAUCCGCCACGCCCGAGGGCCGCGACAAGAAGCACGUCGGCGUGUACCUCGGCGUGUGCGGGAUGGACUAUGACCACAACAGCACCUGCCACGAGCCGAGCGCCUUCACGGCGACGGGGGCCUUGCGGAGCUUUAUUACUGGUCGGGUAUCGCACUACUUUGGUUGGACGGGCCCGUCCAUGACAUUCGACACGGCUUGUUCGUCCUCGGCCGUGGCCAUCCACACGGCGUGCCGCAACCUCCUCGCGGGCGAGUGUACGGCGGCGCUGGCGGGCGGCGCCAACACCAUCACCAGCAUGCUGUGGUUCCAGAAUCUCAGCGCCGGCAGCUUCGUCAGCCCGACGGGCCAGUGUAAGCCGUUCGACGACGCCGCCGAUGGCUACUGCCGCGCCGAGGGCAUGGGCUUUGUCUUCCUGAAGAAGCUGUCGGACGCCGUGCGCGACGGCAACCCCGUGCUGGCCAUCAUCCCCAGCACGGCCGUCUACCAGAACCAGAACAGCACCCCCCUGUUCGUGCCCAACGCACCAUCGCUCUCCAUGCUCUUCGGGGACGUGAUGCGCCAGGCCGGGGUGGCGGCGCGCGACAUCUCCUUAGUCGAGGCCCACGGCACGGGAACACCAGUCGGCGACCCGGCCGAGUACGAGAGCAUCCGCACCGCGCUCGGGGGCCCGCGGGCUGGACGCACCAAGCCGCUGCCGAUCGGGUCUGUCAAGGGCCACAUCGGGCACACGGAGGGGGCGUCGGGGGUGAUCGCGCUGAUCAAGGUGAUCAUGAUGAUGCGCGGGGGGUUCAUCCCGCCGCAGGCCAGCUUCUCCCAGAUGAGCCACAACAUCGACGUGCGGUCGGACGACAUGAUGGAGGUGGUGACGCAGCUGCGGCCCUGGGCCGACCCGCACAAGAUCGCCCUCCUCAACAACUACGGCGCCUGCGGCUCCAACGCCAGCCUCAUCGUCGCACAGCCGCCUCCGGCCUUGUCCACGCCCAGCCGCGGCGGCCGCCAUCCAGAGGGCAGGCGGUAUCCGUUUUGGAUUGCCGGCCUCGAUGCCCGGGCCAUCGGCGCCUAUGCCGCCAAGCUGGGCCCAUACCUGCGGUCGUGCCCUGAGGUCACCACGCUGGCGGAUAUCUCAUUCAACAUGAACCGGCAGUCCAACCGCGCCCUCGCUCAGGGGUUUGUCUUCAGCUGCCGCUCGGUAGAUGAGCUACACGAGAGGCUGGAGCAGGCGGCCAGCGCGCGCGAUAAAGAGGCCGCGGCGCAGGUAGGCAUCGAGCCGGUCAAAGCCGAGCGCCCCGUCGUCCUGUGUUUCGGCGGGCAGGUGUCUUUGUUUGUAGGACUCGAUCGGAAGCUGUUCGACAGCGCGGCCGUGUUGCGCCGGCACUUGGAUGAGUGCGACGCGGCCGUGAUCUCGCUCGGCCUGGAGAGUAUUUACCCGGGUAUAUUUGCGCGGGAGCCGGUGCGGGACACGGUCCAACUGCAAACGAUGCUGUUUGCCAUGCAGUACGCGAGCGCCAGGAGCUGGAUGGACUGCGGUCUCCAGGGCAAGGUGGCCGCUGUCGUGGGCCACAGCUUCGGCGAGAUCACGGCGCUGUGCGUGGCCAGUGUUCUUAGCCUAACGGAUACCGUCAAGCUCGUGGCGGCGCGGGCUAGACUGGUACGUGAUGCCUGGGGCGCCGAUCCGGGCGCCAUGAUGGCUGUCGAGGCAGAUGAGAUGCUGGUCCGCGACCUCUUGCAAGAAACGAAUCGCGGCUCGGAUGGGUCGGCUAGCAUUGCUUGCUACAACGGCCCAUGUAGUUUCACUAUCGCCGGAUCAACAAGCGCGGUGGAUGCGGUGCAGGCAACCAUUUCCUCUGACGCCCGGUUUAGCGCGAUCAGGAGCAAACGGCUUAGCGUGACAAAUGCGUUCCACUCCUCCCUGGUCGAGAAACUUGUUGAUCCUCUGGGGCAGGUCGGAAAGGAGUUGACAUUCCGCUCACCCAUCAUUCCUGUUGAGCGGGCAACGGAAGCCUCUGCCGGCACAGGCGAGAUGGACUGGACAUUCGUGCCCCGACACAUGCGGGAACCGGUCUUCUUCAACCACGCCGUACAACGCUUGGCCAAGCAACACCCGCAAGCCAUCUUCCUUGAGGCUGGUUCCAACUCAACCAUCACUGUGAUGGCAAACAGAGCGCUUGCUCAAAGCCAGACAGCUCCGUCAGACGCGCAUCACUUCCAAGCCGUCUCCAUCACCACCGAGACGGGCUUCGAUGGGCUGACAGACGCCACGGUGGCUCUGUGGAAGCAGGGCCUGCGCGUUUCCUUCUGGGCUCACCACGCCCUGCAGACGCUGGAGUACGCGCAGCUGCUCCUGCCGCCGUACCAGUUCGACACGUCCUCGCGGCACUGGCUGGAGAUGAAGUCACCCCAGGGGGUGAUCGACAAAGCCGCGAAGGCGAUGAUGGCAGGGACCCUCCAGCAACCGCAACAAAACCAACUAGUCGACCCCAAGACUCUCCCCAUCUGGUCUUUCGCCGGUUACCAAGACGAGCACAACAAAACAGCGCGCUUCCGCAUCAACACCGAGUCCGACAAGUACAACAACCUCCUCCAAGGCCACAUCAUCGCCCAAACCGCACCCAUCUGCCCCGGCACCUUGGAGUGCGACAUAAUGAUCGAGGCACUUUUCAGCCUGCACCCAACCGCCCGCGACGCCGGCGCGCAGCCCGAGAUCCGCGACCUGGUCAACCACGCGCCCAUCUGCGUCGACCCCUCCCGCACCAUCUACCUCGAGCUCACGGCACUGGACAACAACAAGAAGAAACCAACCCAGUGGCGCGCCCACUUCCUCAGCGUCGCCGCCGGGGACGAAACCAGCCAGGCCGCACAAACGCACGCCGAGGCGCGCGUGCACCUGCGCGUUUCCGGCGACGCGUCCUACACGCGCGAGUUCGCGCAGCUCGAGCGGCUGGUCAGCCACGCGCGCUGCCGCGAGCUGCUGGGGCUGGGGCUCGACGCGGACGGCGUCGAGGUGCUGCAGGGCCGCGGCGUGUACCGGGCGUUUGCGCCCGUGGUCGACUACGGCGACAUGUACCGCGGCGUCAAGUACCUGGUGGGCCGCGGGGAGGAGUGUGCCGGGCAGGUGCGGCUGGCCAAGUGUCAUAGGAGGGGGGAGACGUGGUUGGAUGUGACGCUCAGUGAUGCGUUUAGCCAGGUGGCGGGGCUGUGGGUGAACUUGAUGACGGAUGUGCCGCCGGGGGAGAUGUAUAUCGCCACGGGCUGCGAGGCGACGAUGAGGUCGCCGCGGGCGCCGCCCAGGGGUGAGACCGAGGUGUGGCAUGUGUAUGGUCGCCAUACGCGCAAGAGCGAUAAGGAGUACGUGUCGGAUCUGUUUGUGUUUGACGCCGCGACGGGAGUGCUCGUCGAAGUCAUGCUGGGUCUGCAGUAUGGGCGGGUGGCGAAGGCCUCGAUGAGCAGGAUGCUGGCACGCAUGACAACGGACGAGACCGUGCUGCGGACCAAGGUGCCGCGGCCAAAUCCGGCUGCUACUACCUCUUCGCCUUCGGUUGCGACUCCGGCUUCGGUUCCUGCUGUUGUCGAGGGAAAUCGGGAUUCCAAGAAACGGAGCAAGAAAAUGGCCAACAAAAAGGAGAACAAGCCAAAGAAAGAAAAUCCAGGCUCCGGCUGGAGGGAUAUCACCGAUGAGGUGCGCAACCUCGUAGCUCACGUGUCUGGUAUCGAAGCCGGCGAGAUAGGGCUCGACUCGGAAAUGGCCGACUUUGGGAUUGAUUCUCUCAUGGGGAUGGAACUGGGGCGGGAAGUGGAGUUAACCUUUAAGUGUAAGCUGGACCAGGCCGACCAGAUGGAGGCCACGAGUCUACGCAAGUUCGUGGCAUGUGUUGCCAAAGCGCUGUUUGGCUCCGACCAGGCCGCUUCGGUGGAGGAAGAAGACGCUAGCGAGCUCGGAGACGACGAUGAGGAUGAUGCAUCCUCCACUAGCGGAGGAGGAACGUGGUCGGAGCCAAGCCAAGCGAGCGGAAGCAAAGAGUCGUCGGGCUUGGAGACUCCCGACUCCGGAAGUUACACGCCUCCGCCCCAGAAGGCCCAAAAGGCCGAGCCCAUCCCCAGCAACCUGAAGCCCCUGAAUACGCCACUGGCACCGCCGGCCGUCAGCAACCUGGUCCUAUCGCCAACCGACGUGCUCGCAUCUUUCGGCGAGGUGAAGAUGGCCACGGACAGCCUGAUGCGAGAGUACCAAAUCGACAAGACCGAAAGGGUCCUCCUCGCCGGCAGCAACCGUCUUUGCGCGGCACUCGCCGUGGAGGCCAUGGAGGAGCUGGGUUGCCCCAUCGGCACAGCGGCCGCGGGCCAGCCACUCGACCGUGUACCGUUCCUCCCGCAGCACGACCGCCUCAUGCAGUGUGUGUACGAGUUCCUAGAGCGCGACGCUCGCCUCAUCGACGUCGACGUCGCGAGCGGCCAGCUGACGCGCACCCACAUCGCGGCCCCGCGCAAGACAAGCCAUGCGAUCUUCGAGGAAUUGUUAACCAGCCAACCCGACUUUGCCGUGGCGAACCGCCUCGCCUACCACGCUGGUAAGCAGCUUGCGGGUGUCCUCAGUGGUAAGACAGACGGUAUCCGCGUGCUCUUCGGCAGCCGCGAGGGUCGGGAGGUGACGGCGGCCAUGUACUGCGAGCACCCGUUCAACCGCAUGAACUACAGGCAGAUGCGGGAUGUAGUAGAGGGGUUGGCGGAGCGCAUCCAGAGCCGCGGGGGCACGGGGGAGACGUUCAAGGUGCUCGAGAUGGGAGCCGGGACCGGAGGCACCACGCUGGUGAUGGCACCGCUGUUGGCAUCGCUCGAGGCGCGGGGCAUCAUGCGAGUUGAGUACACCUUCACGGACCUGUCGCCGUCCUUGGUGGCCAACGCGCGCCGGCGGUUCGGGAAGAUGUAUCCUUUCAUGCGAUUUGCGGUGCAUGACAUCGAGAAGUCGCCAGCCGAAGAACUCAGGGGUCAACACUUGGUGCUCGCCAGCAAUGCCAUCCACGCCACGCAUAACCUGGUUGUCUCGGCUUCGAACGUGCGCCAGGCCCUACGAUCGGACGGCUUCGUCAUGAUCCUAGAGAUGACCGAGGUGGUUCCUUUCAUCGACCUAGUCUUUGGGCUGCUCGAAGGCUGGUGGCUGUUUGACGACGGACGGAAACACGCGGUUGUGCCGGCGGAGCACUGGGAGCGAGAGCUGCACACUGCAGGGUUCGGCCACGUCGACUGGUCCGAUGGAAACUUGCCCGAGAACGCGGUCCAAAAGGUCAUCUUCGCACUAGCUUCGGGGCCCCAAGGACCUCGCCUCCCAAAACCCGCUCCGGAGCGAGGCAUCGAACUCGACCGAGGCGACGUGGCGGCUCGCACGGCCGUGGCGGAACGGCUUGUGGCAAAAUACUCGGACGGCUGGGCCACACCGAGAUUGCAGGCCCUUGUCGCCCGACGGGAGAGGGACCAAGGACGGGAGAAGCGCCACAAACUAGAUCUCGGUGCCGUGGUCGUCGUGACGGGCGCGACAGGAAGUCUUGGUUCGCACGUGGUGCAGAAGCUGGCCGAGAACCCCGAGGUCGCGCAGGUGGUUUGCCUCAACCGUCGCAGCAACAGUGGCUUAUCGGCCGACAAGAAACAGCAGGAGGCGUUCACUUCCAGAGGCAUCACGCUGUCGCCCGGGGCACGUGCGAAGCUGCGCGUCCUAGACGCCGACACGUCCCAGCCGCAGCUGUGCCUACCGCCGCACGAGUACUCGUGGCUCUUGCAACACGGAACCCACAUCGUGCACAACGCGUGGCCCAUGAGUGGAACGCGACCUGUGAGCGCCUUCGAGCCCCAGCUGCAGGGCAUGAGGAACCUCCUCGACCUCGCGCGGGACAUGGCAACCCGCGAGGCGGUACACCCGUUCCGUGUCGGCUUUCAGUUCGUGUCGUCCAUCGGGGUGGUCGGCUACGCCGGGGAGCCGCGCGUUCUCGAGGACCGCGUGCCGCUUUCCGCCGUGCUCCCCAGCGGCUACGGCGAGGGCAAGUGGGUGUGCGAGCGCAUGUUGGACGAGACCUUGCAUAAAUACCCCAGCCUCUUCAGGCCCAUGGUUGUGCGCCCCGGCCAGAUCUCUGGCUCGUCCAGCAGCGGUUUCUGGAACCCCGUGGAGCACUUCGCGUUCCUGGUAAAGUCGGCCCACGCCCUACGCGCAUGGCCUGACUUUGAUGGCGUUCUACAAUGGAUCCCGGUGGACCACUGCGCGGCCGUCAUGGCAGACCUUUUAAAAAUGGGUGUUGUCGAUGCACCUGAUGCCUAUCCCGUGUACCACAUCGACAAUCCUGUGGGCCAGCAAUGGAAAGCUAUGUCACCAGUGCUAGCCGCCGCGCUUGAUAUCCCCCCUCACGCCACUAUCCCCUUCAAGAGCUGGAUCAAGAGGGUCCGUCGGUCGCCGCUUCUUCCGGAUGCAGAGAACCCAGCGGCGCGUCUCGUUGACUUCCUCGAUGGCCAUUUCGAGCGCAUGUCGUGUGGUGGGCUGAUACUAGAUACAGCCAAGGCGAAAGAGCACUCCCAGACAAUGGCGAAGGAGGGUCCCGUGGGCGCAGAUCUCGCCCGCCUCUAUGUAGCGGCUUGGAAGAAGAUGGACUUUUUGAGGGCGUAAACGAUAACAAGCGCUGGGCGCGUUAUGGUGCGACGACGUGACGGACUCUCAGUCUCAAACUCGGAGGCUUCGCACUUUUUUUUUUUUCGUUUCUUUUUUCCCCUUUUCGUGCGUUAGAAUAUCCAUAUGAAUACUAUUCCGCGAGAAACUGUAGACAUCAUGCAUCAUUAGGCCGACGCUAUCUGCACUGCCUUUCGAUAGAUUCGAUGACAGCCGUCGCUCUUUC